CGCGCCAUUUCGCUCGAGAAACAGCCCCGGUAAUCCACGCGACGAAGACAAAGCGGUCCGCGGUCCCAUCAGCUAUGGCUACCGAUGCCGAACUCAACCGCCCUCGAACGCCUCAACCUAGCGCGACGACGCCGCCGCCAGCGGCUGCCGGCGACUGCCGACCAACACCAUCCCAACCGAUUGCCAUCGCGCGUACGGGCCGCCUUCCGAUGAGCGCGCCCUCGGGACGCCAUGGCUGGCCGGAAAGUUUCAUCGAGCAGUACAGGCACGUAACGGUUGGCUCGCCGUCCACACCGCCUGAAUACUACGUCCCGGGGGCGUCGACGCGGCGGCCCCCUACCAACCGGGUCGAGCGCGCAGCAGCGGAUGCCCUGGCAUCAAGCCGGGACCGGCAGCCGCUGCUCAUGGCAGACACCUACACCGUGCCUCUUCAGGACGGCACCGUGAGCCCCACGCAGUACUGCAUGAUUGGCAUCGUGCUAGCCAGCCUCUGCGUCGCCGCGGCCCUGGUCGUCGUCGAUGCGCCCGGAGGAAACGCGACCACGCACGACGUUGGGCCCAAAGCUGUGUACGAGGAAAGACGCCCGCUCCUGCCGAGCUACGAUCCGCACAAUCCGGUCGAUCGCAACGCAGUGGCGGUCAUCCCGCGCCCCGAGGAGCGACGCUCCCCCGGUGUCCAAGGCCCGACCGUCUUCGUACCUCUUCAAAAACCAGGGAACUCGGCGGACACAACGGUCGCGGUCAAGGAUGACGCCGCUCAGGACGCCAUCACAGUCAGCUCAUUGGCUGCCGAAGGACGCAGAAGGCACGACUGCAACCAGUAUUACUACACGUACUGCACUAGACCCACUGCCAACGGGUUCCACUACGAUCCGGAACAGAUGACGUGCGUCCCGACCACGAAACCUGGCGCUCAGGUGUGCAACCGCGGCAUCAACCGGUUCAGCAGCUGGGAACGGUGUCGUGCCAACUGCCUGCAGCCCGACCGUGUCUCUGACAUGUGCUUUGAGCGCGCGCUGUUCAUCCCAUGUUCCAGGCAAGAUUUUGUGGACCCGCUGUGGUACUUCAACGGAACAACAUGCACAAAGUGGACCUUCCCCAAUGGCCAAUGUCCAUCCGGCCAGCGCGGAGUCUACAGAACUUUCGACCAGUGCUCACGCCAGUGUCUGGUGCACAACGGGACAUCCAACUCGAGCUCCGCAGACUGCGAAGUUCCGCCGUCUGGAGCGUGCAGCCUGGAACUGCUGCGGUAUCCGUUCUUUGCGGAUAUGCGGGCGGAAGGCAGGGCACGGUGUGUCAAUGCCUCUGGCACGACUUUGUUGGCCCGGCGCUGUCUCGUCGGCAAGAACCAGUUCGACUCCCUAAUGGCCUGCCAAAAAGCGUGCGUGGAAAGAGCCGUGUCCUUGGGUACGCAGUUGCCAACUGUUCAAUAAAAGAU